AUGAUGGCGGCGGAGCGGGGCGGCGAGCCCGGUUCGGCCGCGGCGGAUUACUCCAUGUUGGUGGUGGUCGGCAUGGUCGGGGCGCUGCGGGCCGACGGCCUCUUGGAGCGGCUCUUGCAGCAGAUCGAGUCGGGCGUUCGCCGCUGGCGCGUCCCGAUGAAGCUGGACGUUCUGGACCAGCAGCUGAAGCUCUUUGUGUCCCGACAUUCGGCCUUCGCGUCAGAGGAGGUUCCGGGUCAGCGGACGCUGCAGCACCGCGGUGACAUCCUGGACACGCAAGUGGUGCUGAAUCCAGCUCACGACCUGGUCUGCUCUGAGGUGCGGCGGCUGCUAUGCGAGCCUUCUCGACACAAACUUUUGGUAUUGGCCGGUCAGUGCGUGGAGGACAGCGGCGAUUUGGUGCUGCAGAAAGGCCUCUUCUCCUUCAGCGACUUGAUUGAGAUCUGCUCCGACGAAGAGGUGAGUCUCUCCCGGAGCUCGGCGGACCCCGCGACUCUCACCCUGGCCUGUCCGGACUCGGGCCUCUGGAGAGAGGCCUCGUCAGAGGAGCGCCGGCCAGGGGACUUCCUGAACGUCCGGAUCAACCCUCCCCCGCUCCUUCCGCAGAUGGAGGGUCUGCAAGAGUUCACGGAGUACCUCUCUGAGUCUCUGGAGCCCGAGUCGCCGUUCGAGCUCUUGGAACCUCCCACGACGGCGGGAUUCCUGAAACUCUCGCGGCCCUGCUGCUACAUCUUCCCCGGCGGUACGGGGGACUGCGCCUUCUUCGCCGUCAACGGUUUCAACGUCCUGGUCGACGGCGGCUCGGACCACCGCGCCUGCUUCUGGAAACUGGUCCGACACCUAGACCGAAUCGACUCCAUUCUGGUCACGCACGUCGGCGUGGACAAUCUACCCGGGGUGAACAGUCUGCUGCUGAGAAAAAUAGCCGAGCGGGACCGGGAUUUGGCCGAAGAGGAACGGGUCAAAAAUCUCAUUUCCCCGGAGAUCGGGGUGGUUUUUCUCAACGUCCCGGAAAGACCCAAAGUCGGCCCGGCGGAUUCCGGCGAGCUCCGCGCCGCCGACCAGGGCGCGCUGAUCUCCGAGAGCCUGCGGAAACUCUCCGUCGAGCCGCGGCCUUUGCGUCGCUCUAACGGGCCCUCCGUCGACCCGCUCGUCUUGUUCCACAAGAUGGGAGUCGGCCGUCUGGAGCUAUACCCUUUGAAUCCUGUCGCCGGCGGUAGAGAAUCGGAAGAGUCCUCGCGGGGUUCCGGCUCCGAGAGCUCCGAUCUUUCGCCAACGUGCCUGGCUUCCGUCUGCGCUUUGCUGGUUUGGCAUCCUUCCGACAGUCGGGAAAAGAUCGUCCGAGUCCUUUUCCCGGGAUCCACGCCGCAGGCCAAAAUCCUGGAUGGACUCGACAGACUCAAACAUUUGGAUUUCCUCAACGUUCCCGUGGCGAGCUCCGCGGAUCUGCUAACACCCGCGGAACAGAAGCCGGCCAAACCGUCCGAGGGUCGGGAAAACCUCAAGUCCGGAGAAGCGCGAGUCGUCUCCGCCUUCCAAAAGGACAAAAGCGGACGAGUUCCCGUGAAAAAACAGGAGGUUAAACUCAACCCGAAGGCGGCGGGGGAGCACGUGUCCAAAGAGAAAGAGCGAGAGGUCAAAUCCAAGCUCCUCAAGCCUUCCGAGAAGCUCCUUUUCAAAAAGAAAGAGGAGCGGGUGAUUGCCGCCGUUGCGAAGAGAGAAAGUCUGAGGCUAGAUGCUACCAAGACCAAGAAAGAAAACAAACCCGAAGCCAAAAAAGACAAAAAAAUGGCUCCGACACUUGCCAAGGACGUGAAGAAAGCGGGCGGAGCCUCGAUCGCCGACGUGAAAAAACAAGUCGGCGGGAAUCUAAACAAAGGGACGAAAGCUAAUGCGGAGAAGGACAAGCGGGUUUUCACAGCCAUAGACGACAACAGGAACAGCAUCAAAGAGACCUCCCGACUUCCAAAUUGGGCCGGCGUCAGGAAGAACCCCCACGCGACUCAAACCAGUCCGGAGACCCGGCCCGGUACGGACGUCUCCUUCGUGUCCUCAGAAGAUCCCGGAGUCGAAAGACAACUCGGUCCGGACGUGGACAGCUGUGAGCAGAAGAGUCCCGCCCGGGACGACUUUCAGAAUCAAGCAUCCACCAAAAAUAUUAGAAACAUUCCAGACUCUCCUUCGAUUCCCGCAAACAUGGAGGAUUUCCAUACGCUUUCCUCGGAGACUGCGGAAUCGCCGACGGAAUGCCGGUCCGACGGGCAUUACUCGGAUCAAGAUACGGAGCGGGACUCGACCCUGGCGCUUAACGGUCACGCGGACAUUCCUCACAAUGUGGAUCUGUGCUUGGUGUCGCCGUGCGAGUUCCGGCACUGCGCGGUCCGAGCGGCGGAGAACCUCGGACCGGACCGGCGUCCCUCCGCGGACGCUCCGUCGGCCCCGGUCGAGGACCCGCCCCGUUUAACUCCCCGGCCGGAAGCUGGCGCGGCAGACGCGGACCCCCCCGGCAAGAACCAAAGGCCUUCUGUUGGCAAGACCAAAAAAAUGCCAGCGGGAACCCUGCAAAGGGGGACUUGGGGAAGCCAGAACGGCAAAUCCAAGACCGUUAAACGCUCCCCGGCCCUCGAGAGGAAGGCGUCCGUCCGGAUCUCAUCGGCCGGAUCUCGAAGCGGGAGCGCCAAAGCAGCGUCCAAAGCGGCGGACGUCUCGCCCGUUCACGUGGACCUGGCCUACCUGCCGUCCGGGUCCGCCUCGUCCACCGUCGACUCGGAAUUGUUCCGACGCCUUCGCGCUUCCUACUACGUGGUGAGCGGCGAGGAGCGGGUUAAAGCGGCGGCCAUGAGGAGCAUCCUGGACGCCCUGCUGGACGGCAAGAGCGCCUGGCCGGACGCGCAGGUGACGCUCAUCCCGACGUUCGAUUCGGCGGCCAUGCACGAGUGGUACCGAGACAGCCGCGAGCGGCAGAGGCUGCUGUCCGUCACCGUUUUGGGGAGCAACAGCACCGUGGCCAUGCAGGAGGAAACCUUUCCCGCCUGCAAGGUGGAGUUCUGA